AACUUCACAUAACUCAACCCAAAAAACAAAAUAACUUCUUCAUUUCACCGCAUCUCUAUUAUUAUUAUCUCCAAAUAUAUAAUUUCAUAAUGAGUAUUUUCAUCUCCCCUAUGAUGGCAGUCAUCGGCACUCGCGGAAAAAACGAGAUAAAAACUGCGGUUCCGGUGCCAGAGUCGGAGUCAGAGCUGAAGAAGAGAAACGAAGAGCUUGAGAAGGAGUUGAAGGAAAGCAAAGAGAGAGAAGAGCAAAUGAGACGGAAGCUACAGAUCACGUGGGAGAGGCUGCGCGUGGCGGAGGAAGCCGAGGAGCGGCUCUGCUCACAGCUCGGGGAGCUUGAGGCGGAAUCCGUUUAUCAUGCGCGUGAUUACCACGAUCGUAUCGUUUCUCUGAUGGAUCAGCUCUCAAACGCGCAGAGCCUCCUCCACAAGGCACUUCCUUCAUCUUCUACCUCCUCAUGAUUCAUUUCUGGCUUUCUCAAAAUGAAAUAUUAGAUGUAUGUAAUAUGUAUAUGAUUUUGUUUAUUUUUGAUGAUUGAAGAUUGAUGAUCCAUAUUAGCGUGAAUCCAAUCUUGUUAUGUUGAAACAAUUUUUGGUUUGAUUUGUUAAUUUGAUAGUAAUACUUAGUUUGAUUGAAUGGAUUGGUUUUGGAAUUUCAA